GCACUUCCGCAACUUUGUUUUGGUCAUGGACCACCGAUAUGAAGAUGUGUCAGAUUGUGAAGUGGAUCAUUCCUUUUUCGAUAGUGAUUUUGAGGAAGAGGUGAAGAAGGUUGGAACCACAGCAAAAAUUGAUGCAAAAGAAACUUAUGAGCUUGCACACUCAGAAGAUACCAUUGAAAGUAAUACUGACAUGAAAAUGGAAACCAAAGGCUUGGAGGAUAACUGUGGUCAGGGAGGAACACAAGAGCAAGAAAUAGGAUUCCAAGAGGAGCAUACCUUUGAUAGUGGUGCUUAUCAGCCUGAGAAUGCCAUGACUUCACUGCCUUCUGUGAAUUCAGAAACUGUAAAUAAAUCUGCUAAUAAUUCAGCACAAAGUGAAAUAAUGUGUGAAAAUAACUUUACAUCUCAAGUUCCCCAAAUAGUUCAGCAUUGUGAAGAAAAUUACUAUACAGAUGAGGAAGACAGCAGUGAUGACAGCAGAAACCAGCUGGUUAGACAUAAGUUAUCCAAACUGUCAAACAAUGCAAAAGCUAAUAAAAAUAUAGCAGUCCAUUCAUCAUCAUCCUCUUGUUCAUCCUGUAGUUCUGAUACAGAUUGUUCAGACACAGAUUCUGAUGGUUGCUUAUCGGACUCAUCAUGCUCUUCUUCAAAAAAGAAAAGCAUGGGUAGCCUAGCCAUUUGUUCUCCAAAACAAAAGUCUAGCCCAAGAACAAAGUUGGAUGAAGUAAAACCAAAGCUGAGUGACUAUGCAGAAGAGUCAGAAGACACAGUAACUGAUGUAACCCCUCUGUCGACACCAGACAUCAGUCCCAUCCAGUCUUUUGAACUUGCAGCAUCCAGUGACAAGAAGUUGAAGGUUAAAAGACAAGAAAAUGUAAACCAGGACAUAUAUGAGCCUGACUUGGACCACAGAUGUCAGCAAAAGGUUCUGCAUGAAGCUAUGGAUUUGAACCAUCUUUUGAAAGCUUUUCUGCAGCUGGAGAAAAAGGAACAACAGACAUUGGCCUUGGAUCAAUCCCCUAUAAGCUCAAGGAAAAACUAUUCUUUCACAAAUGAGGAAGUGCGACAGAUUGAUCGGGAAAACCAAAGGCUCUUAAAAGAAUUAACAAAACACUCUACAAAGCCCAGAAGCAAAAGUGCCUCACUGAAGAAGCCUUCAGGGCCAGCACCAAAAAUGUACCACAGUGCCAUCAACAGGCAGAGGGAACAGCAAAGGAUUGACAGAGAGAAUCUGGCUUUUUUGAAGAGACUUGAAGCAGUGAAGCCAUCAGCUGGUAUGAGGCGGUCAGAACAGCUCAUGGACUAUCAGCGGCAGAUGAGCUACCUUAAUGCAUCUCCAACUCCAAGGCGAGGAAAGUCUGCUUUAAGCCACCACAGCCCUUCCCGUGGUACUUCACGAGCAUCUAGUCACAGUGCAUCCAGUACAGGGAGUCGAAGGAGUGAAAGACCUGUUUUUGACUCAUCCAGUGGUGCUCUGCAGCGGUUGAACCCAAGUAAUAUUCGUGGUGCCUGGCUAUAAAUUGCACUGAACCACCAGAUUUAUAAUUCUCAUCUUUUUGUGGAUUGCUGUACUUUUGUGCAAAAGUUAUUGUAAUAUUCACUGUUCGUGAUUAAAGGACACUGGAAAGUGGUAAUAAGUAUAAAUGGAUACAACAUCAGGUGUUUUGUUUCUUUUGGGGGAUUCUCAGCAGCAAAAUUUCUGUGAUAUCUUCCAGGUCAGUAUUUCCCCUUAAAUAUCUUCGUAUAAGAAAAAUGUUGCCACUGUAAAUCUCAUAUUUCAUCAAAGCUCAAAUUAAGUUGAGACUUGUAAGUAGAGGGUUGAAUUGCCAAAGUUUGGGACCAGAAGGAAAAACACUUGCUUUUCAUUUUGAAUUUUGCAAUAAAGUUUUGUACCUGAUUUAAGUCCUAAUUUUUGCUUUCUUGCAAUGUCGCUGUGGUAUUUUAAAAUUAGCAUAUUAUAUUUUCAUGAUAAAAUCUUAUGGAACUGCAAGAGAGAAUAUGCUGUGCAAUUCAAUUGUUGCAUAGUGAUGAAUCUUGAAAUUAUUACAUGAUCAUCUGCAGGUUGGAGAACAUGAACUGAGUCUGUGCAAAUGAACUUGUGCUGUGCGUGUUCUGUCUGUGCAUUGCAGGAGUGAUUUUUGAUCAGCUCUCUGUGCUUAACACUGGGAAGUCUGCAAAUACUUAAUUUCACUUGUGUAUAUAACCAGUGUGCAUUGUGUUUUAUCAUCAUUUCCUCUAAUAAUUUGCUAAUCUAUUUUGAUUUCAGAGAGCAUUGCUGUGUAUGGUUUAAACUCAGAUCUUUGCUAAUUUUAAUGUAUUAAGCAGUAAACAAAUAGUGUGGAGAAGAUUGGUCUCUCUCGGCUUGAGCUGUUGUUUUGAACUUGUGAUGUGAUCUUUGAAUAGCUCUGCCUGUGUAAUAUAUUUGCACAGCUAUGUUAAGGGAAUUGCUCUUUAAAGUUGUAUUAUUUUUUGAAUGAAGAACAAGUGAACAGCAAUCUUAUGGAUGCACUUUUUAAUUUUGAGCACUUUGAAAUUUUCAUGUGACAGCUUUUUUCUCUUUUGUUUAAAACACAGUGUGCUAGUUUUAAAUAGUGCCAUUGUAAAAUUGUACUUGGCUGGUUAUGGAAGAUACAAAAUUUGUAUAUCAUUCGUUAAAACUAAAUAAAACAGUUGAAUUAUA